GGUUCUUACGGCCCUUGUCAGCAAUUGAUAAGCUUUGUGGCCUGGGUUACCAUCCAGGGAUCUACUUCUAAUGCGUGGAGUGACUGUGUUGCCUUAUAUCAGUCCUGCUUCACCACCAGGAGCUUGGCGGUUGACCUGGACUCUGGGCUGCACCUGUCUACUGUCUGUGCAUUUUCCUUGCUCAGGUCCACCUCCAUCCCACAGCCAUGUCCUGCUAUGAUCUGUGCCGUCCCUGUGGGCCAACCCCACUGGCCAACAGCUGCAACGAGGCCUGUGUCAGGCAGUGCCAGGACUCCCGUGUGGUGAUCCAGCCCUCUCCCGUGGUGGUGACCCUGCCUGGACCCAUCCUCAGCUCCUUCCCCCAGAACACCGCCGUGGGAUCCUCAGCAUCUGCUGCUGUUGGCAGCAUCCUGAGUGAGGAGGGAGUGCCCAUCAACUCUGGGGGCUUCAGCCUCUCUGGUCUUGGUGGUCGCUACUGCGGCAGAAGGUGCCUGCCCUGCUAAAGCCAGGCUGGAAGUUCAUCAACCAGGAAGCCCAAAGCCAGGUGUCAGACUGUCGUGGAGCUGCUGGCCAGGGUUGCCAGAUGAGUUCAGUGCUCCUCUCCCUCCCUGAAAAAGAGAGAGAGAAGCAAGGUGCUUUCUGGGCACUUGGCCAAUAUGUCUUCUUCUUGAAAUUCCUGCUUUUGAUGACUUUCCAUUUCUCUGUGAUUUUGAAUUUCAUGUUGUCUUGUUAUAACUCUGUACUUUAAAAUGAUCAAUGGAAGGUUUUUGUUCAGGACUUGAGGCAAAGUGGAAUCUCUCUUGCUGUCUUUCAU